AUGUGCCAUGGCCCAAGGUAUGACAAAUACGAGGCAAAGCUCAAGUAUUACGUCGAAGAAGAUGCAGAGACUGAGUGGUCCAAGACUGAGUCAAGGGCCCGCAGAGAAGAGGUAAAUUACACCGUGGAAGUCAAUGCGUCGGAUGCUGUCACCGACAUGAACGAGGAGAAGCUCACCUCCGUUUACAAGAAGGCUCAGAAAGAGCCACUCGGUCAAAGCAACGUGGAGGCAGGCUGCCUUUUGCAGAACCUGGCGCUCUCCUUGGCGGACGGAGCCCCGGCCACAAGGAUUAAGAAGUUUGCGAACAGCGCGCUGAAGGAGUUUGGCAGUGUGUGCGAGAAGGACUUGGCGGAGCUCAGGCGGGCUGCAAACACUCGGCACCUCAACAACGCAGAGAGGGACCUCCACAGGCUGUUCAGAAAGCGCAAGCUUGCAGUGCCUCUUGGAAUUUCCACGUGCAGCUUCGGAAGCCUCAAGGUCCAGUACCUGAGCCUCAGCAGCACGUGGUUUCCCUUCCUGCUGCGAAACAAGCCGGAAUUCUUGCUGGGGGGCUUCAACUACGACAGUGGAAACGCGACGCUUCUUCUGGACACGUUCUGGGCGAACCUCCAGCAGACCAUGGGUGAGCACGCCGUCUACUCCCUGCAGGCUGGCCAGCUCAGCCAGUGCGUGCCGUUCUACCUGCACAUGGACGAGGGCACAGGACUUCGCAAAAGCGCUGUGCUCAUCAUCAGCGCCCAGCCGGUGUUUGGGCAGUGCACGGCCGAGCGCUUCUACCAAGCCUUCCGAGACCGGACUGACGUCAGCGACGAGUCUAUGCACCAGAUCAUGACAGCUAGCCAGUUCCACAACGCACGGGGUGACACCUACAACAGCCGCCUGCUCUUCACCAUCCUCCCGAAGAAGAUGUACACCGGCAAGAACGAGCGCACCAUGGAGGGCUUCCUGGAGAUCAUCGCGCAGGAGUGCACCAAGAUGAUGACCGAGGGUGUCAAGGUGCGUGGCACACAGUUCUACCCAGUGUGCCUUGGUCUAAAGGCGGACGCCCCGAUGCUGGUCAAAGCCGGCAACUUCAACCGGUCGUUCAUGAACAUGGGCAAGAACAAGGGCUGCUGCUGGGAAUGCUUGGCUGGCCGGGACGACUACCCGUUCGAGGAUGUGGGGACGUCGCCGGUUUGGGCUGAGACCAUUGGUUUGGUCCCUCCUUGGACUUCGCCGGGCGCGUUGGCAACCAUCCCAGCAAGGCUCUGCUUGCCAGAAGGCUUCUUCCGGAGAGACCCGUUCCACGUCUUCAAGCAGUCCAUAGGCGGUCACUUCGUGGCCAGCGCCGUGGUGCUUUUGACCGACCUGGGCUACUGGCCGGGGUGCAGCACGGCCGUUGACAACAAACUGGCGCGGGCUUUCGAUGACUUUCAGCACUUCGUGAAGAAGGAAUGGCAUGGCAAGCACGUGACGCACAUGAAGCAUUUCACAAAGGCGCUUUUCCACUUUCCGAACAUGGACAGCUACCCGCACGGGCGCUUCAAGGGCAGCGACUGCAUGCUCAUGGUACGAUGGUUGCGGCACUUGCUUACGCACGGUUUCUUCCUUGAGUCAGAAGACCCCACCGGCAGGCAGACGCGCAGCCCGCUGGCUUACCCUCUGCAGAUCUGGCACAAAGCCUUCUUCGAGUGCAUUGUGCGAGCCUGCACAGGCGCCCUUCGCUUCUUUCACACCUUGCACACACAGGGUGUGUGGUUGGAUGUGGCAGCGGCACAGUCAAUGGCCACGGGGUGCCUGCAGUUCACGCAGAACUAUAGUCAGCUGGCCAAGCUGAGCUUUGAGAAGUCGCUCCGGAGGUUUCACUUGGAGCCAAGCCUUCACUCCAUGCACCACUUCUACAUGGAGUUGUCUGGAGCCAUCGCGGCUGGCGCCAGCAGCAUCUUAAAUCCGGCAGUGCACAACGCAGAAGCCGACGAAGACUACAUCGGCAAGCUCGCGAGGCUGAGCCGGGCUGUGCAUGCUAGUAGCACGACCUUGCGGUGUAUAGAACGCUAUUUGCUCAAGCUACACUUUGUGGCGGCGCCGGACCAAGAUGACGACAAAGCCGAUCGCCAGCGCAACAUGGCCGGGCAGCGGGCGAGGUUGCCGGCGGAGGUUCCGGCGCCGGAAGCGAUGGAAGCCACGAGCUCGAGGAAGGCGCUGCCGGAGGGGGUCAAUGCCAUCGAUUUGCAAAGGCCAGCCUCAUGCUUUGAAGACCGAAGCUUUGAGUGGGACCCGUUCGAUGAGCUCUUCGGGUACCAGUUGCGGCAGAUGCAGAACGAUCUGCUGCGGAGCCCCACGUCCUUCAGCCUGGACCUCACGCCGCGCUUGCUCUACGGCCGCUCGGACGAGGUGGACGUGCUCAUCGAGUCCGGCGUGGCCAGGUACCUGGAGUUCCAGGGCCUGAAGUUCACCCGCGUGCUCACCUCCAAUGGCCUCGCCUCCGUGCCCCUCACCAAGAGCGAGAUCUUCCAAGAUGCGCAUCUGAGCAAAGCUGAGAAGCGGCUGCUGAUGCGAUUCAUCACCUCCAUCCAGCCCUUCGUCUCCAGCCUCGCCUUUCAGUCCGCGGCCCAGCUCGGCGUGGACCAGGCGGGGAAGGUGAAGCCGGCGGCGGACGCGGACGCCUUGAAGGCCCUGAACUUGGACCUGGACUCGUCCUGGCGCAGCUUCCUGGAGAAGCAGAGCCUUUCGGAGCGGUUGCAAGACUUCAUCACCUACUCCAUCUGCCUUUGGGACUGGCCCAGCGAGCAUCUCAGCUGCCGUGAGGCGCUGGGGCGCAUGGGCGCCUUCAUCUCGUCCUUGGGGCUCUAUGGGCGUGGCACCACCAUGCCGCUGCUCUUCCCCAUGUACGGCGUGGGGGAGGUGGCUCAAGGCUUCACGCGGCUUUGCGCCGUGCACCGGGGGCUCUACGCGCUGCGGACCUAUGCCACACAUGUGCUGACGGAAACGGAGAAAGGUGUCAACGAGGAGGAGGAGAAGGAGAAAGAGGCGACCGCGGCCGCCGCGGCCGUGUCGUCGUCUCACCGCGCCUGCGGCAUCGUGACCAACCGGGGGGAGGUGGUGCGGGCGGAGCUGGUGGUGGCGGGCUGCGAGGACUUCCUGCAGGAGGCCCCAGUGUCCCGCGCUUCCACCCACUGCCGGCGCUGCACGGUGCUGCUGGACCGCCCACUGCUGGGCGAGGAGGGCGUGAGCCUCUGCGUGGUGCCGCCCACGGCUCUCGACCCGCCCCUGGAGAACGUGGUGCAGGUGCUACAACUGGACUUCAGCAGCGGCGCCUGCCCCCGGAACGUCUUCCUGGCCCACCUCUCGCAGUCCGCGGAAGGCGCUUCGAGCUUCGAAGACCUCGACCGGGUGCUGGAGGUGCUGAGGUGUCAAGCCUCCGCACGCUGCAUCUUCAGGUGUCGCUACGUUUACCGGCCCCGGGAGAAGCGGCGAUGGAAUUGCGGCACCGUUGCUGGCGAAGUGCUGCAGAGCUGCCGCCUGGACGGCAGCUUGGCGCUGGUCUCGGACCCCGCCGCGGCGCCGCAGCUUCUCCUCGCGGGCGCGGAGCUCGCGGAAGCCCGAGAGGUCUUCCUCAAGUCUGGGCUGCCAGCUGAAGAGUUUCUGAAGAAGCCCCCGCACGUGGCGGAGGAGGAGCGGGGCAAUGCCAUGGAGGAGUUGGAGCUGUUCAACGAGCAGAUGCAGGCCCAGCAGUCGCCCUUGCCGCGCGCGGAGGAGGAUGCAGACGCGGAGUGUGCGCUGUCCCACGCUUCGCCGGCUUCUUUCCGCCGUCCCCGGCUGCGAGCGCUGCGAGCCGCGGGGCGCGGUUCGAAUGACGCGAGGCGCCGGGGUUCGGGGCUUCUGGGGCGCGCGGCGCUGCGGCUGAGCGCGCUGAGCUGCGGCCUUCUGCUGCGCUUGGUCUUCUGGCCCCGGGAACUGCGGCUUGAUCUGCGCGGAGCCGGGAAAGGCGAUGGGACCGAUCCGGGCGCUCGCUCUCCAUGGGCUUCGGCGCUGUUGGGCCGCUUCCGCUUCAACGCCUCGCUGCGCCGGAUGCGGCGCCUGCUGCGGGCGCAAGAAGUGGAGCUCAAUGGGGAGGAGGUGGACUUUGGGUGCAACCCGGCGCUGCUGCUGCUGGUGACACUGCUCUUGGUGCUUCGACCUGUGGCAGGGCUGCUGGGCCUUUGGCUGCUGUUCCUGCUCUCGGCGGCAAAGCUCCGCGCCAAGUCCGCGAAGCCCUCGCUGUCCUUCGCCGCGAAGAUCUCCGCGGAGGACCUUUGGAGCUGCAGGAUUUGGCGGUCCUGCGCCAAUGCGGGCCUGCGGGACGUCAUGCAGAACAGCAUCGCAGGCCUCAUAGCGGAGCUGAGCGAUCUCCAGCAGGCCACGUCCUUCGACGUGAAGGGCAUCCAGGUGUCGCGCGAGGGCAUCUUCUUGGAUGCCUUGGCGCAGCUGCCGAAGGGCAGCCUGUUCACUUACCGCCUCAGGACCGGCAUCACGCUGGUGGAUGUGGAGGGUACUCAGUGCAUCUUCUGGGAUGACCCCUGCAUCCAGGUGAAGCCAGGUUGGCCUCUGCCGGACUUCUGGGCGCCCUUGGGGGGCUUCGCGGGCCGGCGCCUGCCGCCGGAGCUGCGGCUGAAGAGCCUGGAGUGUCAGGACGGCCAACUCCUGGUGGAAGGUCGUCUUGGAGGCAGCGACGGCACGGCGAUUGUGCUCAGACGGUGA